UUUUCACAUUUUCUCUUUAUAAAAAAUUACACCAUAUAGUACGGAGUAUAAACUGACAAAACACAAAAUAACCCAAUUUCUAGCUCAAUUUAUCCAUCUUCUUCCUUCUUUUUCUGGGUUAUUUUUCUGGGUUUCAUUCAUUUUUGUGAUUCUUCUUAUACUAGUGUCAAAUUUUCCUUAUUUAUAGCCCUUUUUUUCUCCAAGAUUUAUGCUUUAUUUAAUCUAACAGCAGAAUUUUACAGAUUUGAGCAUCUGGGGUUUGCAAUUAAUUUACCAUUAUCUUGUUUGAUUCAUCAAAUCUUUGUUUUUGGUCUGUUUCACAAGCUUGAAACAAAAUCAUCCACAUUACUUUUGAUUAUUUUAGUCAUACUUAUUGCCCACUAUGCUGUGAUUGGUGUCCCUAUAUAAUUUCUGUUAUUAAAGUUGGUGUCAAAUUCACUGUAUCCAGAUACCCUUUAGCAUUUAUGCAGCAGCUCACUAAUUAUUUGUUACAUGUCCUGUGUUAAUAUUCUUUAACUAUUACUCUUUUCGUCCUAUUAUAUAGUUGGUGAUUCAUUUUUCAUGUGAGUUAAGAAAAGUCUAAUGUCAGUAGAUUCUUUAAUUUGUAGUUAAAUCCGUGUCGGUCAAGGUAUCUAUAGAUUGCCUCUCAUUAAAACGACUUUGUUAAGGUUAUUCACUAGAUAAAUUCCUAUUAUCUAGCUGACCCCUCAUCAAAUUAUUAAGAUUGCUUAGAUUUUGCUCCCACUUAGAAAGUUGGGAGUAUUAUAUACAAGUAUAGUACACUGUGCAAUCACUUGGUACAAUAAAUUCUCAGAUCUUGCACAAUAUUCUUUUAUUAUUGAUUAGUAUACUAUUAUAUGAUAUACUUUUUAAUUCAAGUCCAAUGCUAUUCUUCUUGAUAUCUUGUUUCUCAUUCAUCUUUGUUGUCAAGUCUUUGUUAACAAUUAAACUAACAAAGAUGAGACUACUAUCUCCCUUUUUCUGGGUAGAAUUAUCCAAGUCCCUUAUGUGUUAUAUUAGAAAGAGGGGGCUUGUUUUUGGUGUUUUUGAGGCUACUUAUUUGAGUCCAGUGAGAAAAGUUCAUACAGUUGAGUUUGUUGAAGUGAAGGAUGAGGGAAUAUCAGUUUUGGAUUUGCCAGACUUGACCUUGGAUAUGAUUCUAGACCGGCUUUCGCCGGCUGAUUUGUGUAGCUUGUCUGGGGUGUGUAGAGAGUUGAGAGGAAAAUGUAGGAGUGAUCAUAUGUGGGAGAAACAUAUGAAGAGCAAAUGGGGAAGAGUGAUUGGUAAUGCUGCUCUUGUGAAAUGGCAUGAACAUAUGGCCCUUAAUAAGAGGAGAUUUUCCUUAGGUGGUAGCAGCAAUGGAGGGAUUAUUUUGAAUAUUUUUAGUUUGUGGCCAUUUUCAUCAUUGAUUAGGCCAAAAUUGAUAGGUAGAAGUGAGCUUAAGGGUUCUUUACCACCUGAUUCAAUCAUGGGUUGGUAUCUUUCUCUUGAAAGCGGCGAGUUCUGGUUCCCAGCUCAGGUCUAUAAUCGUGAGAAUGGACAUGAUGGAUUUGUGCUGUCAUGUUAUGAUGCUGAACUUAGCUACAACUCCAAAUCAGACACUUUCCAAGCUAGGUAUACCCUGCAUGGCCGAAAGACCGUAGAGGAAAACAUAUCCUGGAGUAGAAUCAGAGCUCCACCUGUUGAUAAUCCUGCAUAUGAGCUUCAUGUGUCUGAUUGUUUAGAUGAUUUGAAGCCAGGAGAUCAUUUAGAAAUUCAGUGGAGAAGAAACAGAGAAUAUCCAUAUGGCUGGUGGUAUGGAGUUGUUGGUCACCUGGAUUCAUGCACCAGGAAUGAAUAUCAUUGCAUAUGUCAUGAUAGUGACACAGUGACACUAGAGUUUAAUCAAUACGCCCCUGACUCAAGAUGGAGGAGAAUGAAUGUCAAUAGGAAGAAUCAUCGAGAAGAAGGAAACGAGGGUGAUGGCUUCUAUGGAGGAAUCAGAAAAAUAUACAGUGAAGAAGAGAUCACCAUUUGGAAAAGCUUAUGGCCGACCAAGGUCCUAAACUAGCAGACAGCUUUUUUACUCUUUAAUACCAGUUACCUUUAGAAGUGUAAGUACCACAUUCUUCAGAUGGUAACAAUGUCAGAUGAAAAUGCAAAAGUUGGCCUUUGUUUCUCUAUUUGAUAUGUGCAAAGGCGUUGUACAGAUUGAUUUAUACUGUAUUUGUACCAUACAUCCCAAAAACAAACUUUUGAGUGUGCUGUGUGCAUCUAGUUACAAUUUGGUGUUGUAUUUCCGUUUUGUAUAAACUGAAAUGAUCAAGAAUUCUCGUUGAUCAGAGGUUCCAAAAUUUUCCUGCA